AUGGAGGUGGACAUGGCUGGAACAGCUGUCCCCGUGGACUGGCCCACUCUCCUAUGGCGACAGCAAGGGGAAGCGCAAGACACUUCCAAUAUCGACCAUAAUCGCAACUCUUCCUGGACAAUGCCAACAGCAAGUCCUAUCCGCAAUUGUGGGACAAGCAUGCAGCCUGAUCUGUACCUACAGCUAUCGCACAUACUUGAAUGGGAAAUCUGGAACCAUAAUCAGACGCGCGGCUAUCUAGCUACAGAGCGGGAUAAAGUUAGCGAGCUAAAUGCGCAGGUGUGGAGACUCUCGCGUGAUAUAGAGCAGUGGCGAAAUACAUGCCAGCAAGGGUAUGCUGCACUAGAUCAGCACAGAGCUGAAAAUGUCGAAUUAAAGCGUGCAUUAGCAGAAGCGAGAUCCAUACCAACCGAACCCCACAGCAAGGACCCUCCGCUUGGUACUCCAGAGAUGGCAACACCGCCGCAAAGGUGCAGUCUGCGAAAGCUUGCGCCACUGCCCAGGAUUGAGACGGACGAAUCUUCAUGGCGGCUUGGCUUUAUUAAGGAUAUUGAGGAGCAUGGUAUUGCCAAAUCUGUAGAGUAG